CACGCGGCGGCGCUCGAGGCCGCCGCGGACCGGAGCGCCGUCGACGCGGCCGCGCGCGAGGCCGAGCUCGCGGGCCGCGUCGAGGCCCACGAGGCCGAGGCGGCGCGGCGCGCCGAGGCGCACGAGGCCGCGACGGCCGCGCUCGUCGAGCGGCACGAGGCCGAGGCGUCGCGGCGCGCCGAGGCCCACGAGGCCGCGACGGCCGCGCUCGUCGAGCGGCACGAGGCGGACGUCGCGGCGCGCGUCGACGCGCGCGUGACCCGGCGCGCGAGCGCCUUCGACGCCGAGGCGGCGGCGCUCGCCGCGGCCCACGCGGCGGCGGCCGAGGGCCUCGCCGACGGCCACGCGGCGUCGCUCGCGGCCGCGGCCGCGGGCGAGGCCGAGCGGACGCGGCAGAAGCAGGCGCACGCGAAGGUGCUCGUCCGGCGCCACCGCGACGAGGUCGAGCGCCUCGAGCGCGCCCGGGACGCGCUCGCGGGCGCCCACGCCGAGGAGCUGCGGCGGACGCGGGACGCGGCGGCGGCGUCCGGCUCGUCGCGCGACCGCAUCGUGCGCGACGCGGCGCGCGUCCACGCGGCGGAGCUCGAGGCCGCGCGGGGCAAGCACGCGGCGCUCGUCGCCCGCGAGCGCGACGCGCGGGACCGCGCCGCGGCGGCCCACGCCGCGGAGCUCGCGGCCGCCGCCGCGCACCACGAGUCGUCGCUGCGGUCGACGAGGGACACGGCGCGGCUCGAGGCCGCCGCGGCCGUCGCCGCGGCGCAGGACGCCGCGGCGGAGCGCGUCGGGGCCCUCGAGCGGUCCCUCGACGGCGAGCGGCGCCGCGGCGACGCGGACCGCGCGUCCGCGGAGAAGCGGCGCGACGCGGACCGCGCGGCGUCGGCCCGGCGCCACGAGCGCGCG